ACCAUCAUCGAUGGUGUUCUUCAUUUUGCGUUUUUUCCGUGAUGAAUUUGUCACAACUGGCAGCACCCUUCAAAAGCGGCUUCCGUAUAAUAGCUAUAUACUCAUCUCUAGCCUUGUUUGCAUUGUCCCAUGCGCUCGUCUCGUGUAAGUUUAUGGGCAUCGGACAUAAGAGUGUGUUUGCAUUGCCUUCCGAGCUGAGCUUCGCGCACCGCUUCAAGAUCCACCGUCAUGAUAGUGCAAGCGCUGUGAUCAUCAUUAUAACAGCAAUAAAAGGGCUGCUCAUUAUCAUUCUCCGUAAAAUUUUUAUUUUCAUCACCCCGCCCGCCAAUCCUCUGUCAACUUGUCCGCGAUAACGAUGCUUGAUGUAUAUGGAUCCUUGACUGAGUUCGACGCGUAUUGCGGAGCUUACAACGAAGCUGAGGAGAGGAUGCAGGAGAGUGUUUCGUUAUAUAUUGGUGGGAGUACAGAUAGGCGAUAGGGCGAUGCCAUGCCGACCGCGGCCGGCACCCUCAUGUGACUGCUCUAAG